AUGCUCAGCUACAACUACGCUCGCCAGAAAUCACAACAGACUAACAGAAACAAUUUUGGAGACAUGUAUGAGAUUUGCUGCGGACUCUUUGUGAGCCUUCUGAUGCUGCGAUAUGGUGUGGCUGAUUCUCUUUUCGAGAAGCAGACUAGACAAGUGGGAUGCGGAGACAAGAGUGCGGGUUACAAACUCGUCCUGGUCGCCGAUGCAGAUACAAUCGGUCGACCUUUUCGAUCGUGA